GCUCUAAACAAAAGCGCUCUAAACAAAGCUCACUCAAGCAUCACAUCUUCGGGAGACCUGGGGCUGGUAAUCAGGACCCAACCUCCCAGGCAUGGAGCGGGAAUGUUCUUUCUGCGUUUCCGCCCUCUGUUUAUUCUCACUCCUUGUGAGAGACAAACGUCCACAUUGUCACUGAGCGGGCUCCCAGAGCCACCAAGCAGACUGUCCGUGGGGCCUCUUGGGUCUGGUUUGAGCCUGCUCCUGCCCCAGACCCUUCUGAGGAUCCUCUCUCCUGCCACUUUUUCCUGGAAAUCCCUGCAAGCUUCCUCUAGACUCGGAUGCCUUCCCUCUGGGAGAAGUGGCUUGCUCCCCUCGCUAGCUCACCAUUUAGCCUCCAGCCAGCCCGGGAAAUGGGAGCCACGAGCAGGAAGGAUCAAAUUCCUGAGAGGUGACAGCGCUGCUCUGCCUCACUGCACUCCACUAGCCCUCAUCGCUGACUCCUUUCAUUUCUCCAGCCUGGGAAAGGUGGUGUUCAGAGAGGUGAAGAUGGGGAGGGCUAGGGGGAGGUGCCAGGCCUGGAAAGGGGCAGGCGUGGGCCCUAGUGGGAGAGGAGGAAGCUGAGCAAUGAAGGUGUUGGCUAAAAACAACAGUGUCUUGAUGGGAAAGGAGGAGCGAUGGGAAAGACUGGAGUGUCUCAGGCCCUCUCAGUGGAUGGGUGUUGUGGGAGAGAGGAGGCUGGGAGACAGGUCUCCCUCUGGAGUUCAGAGCUGAGUUGCUGUCCAAAUCAGUGGUCCUUGGAAUCUAUAAAACAAAACUGAGGACUUCAGAGGUGCAUCCAGAGGAGCCACACUCCAAAAGGACCACUUCCAGACGCCAUGCGGCAAACCCUGCUGCUGCUGCUGCUGAUGGUGCUGCGCCCUAGCUGGGCAGAUCUUCUCCAGAAGGUCCCGCUCUUCCGGGUCACUCAGCAGGGCCCCUGGGGGAGCAGUGGCAGCAAUGCCACCGACUCGCCCUGCGAGGGGCUGCCCGCCGCGGGUGCGACGGCCUUGACCCUGGCAAACCGCAACCUGGAGCGCCUGCCCGGCUGCCUACCGCGCACACUGCGCAGCCUCAACGCCAGCCACAACCUGCUGCGCGCACUGAGCGCAUCCGAACUUGGCCACCUGGAGCAGCUGCAGGUGCUGACCCUGAGCCACAACCGCAUCGCCGAGCUGCGCUGGGGCCCGGGCGGGCCGGCGGGGCUGCACACCCUGGACCUCAACUACAACCAGCUGGCCGCUCUGACGCCGUGUGCCGGUCCCGCACUGAGCAGCCUCCGCGCCCUGGCGCUCGCCGGGAAUCCGCUGCAGGCGCUACAGCCCCGGGCCUUCGCCUGCUUCCCCGCGCUGCAGCUCCUCAACCUCUCCUGCACCGCGCUGGGUCGCGGCGCACAGUGGGGCAUCGCCGAGGCGGCGUUCGCUGGAGAGGAUGGCGCGCCUCUGGCCACGCUCGAAGUCCUGGAUCUCAGCGGCACGUUCCUCGAGCGGGUUGAGUCAGGGUGGAUCAGAGACCUGCCGAAGCUCACAUCCCUCUACCUGAGGAAGAUGCCUCAGCUGAUGACCCUGGAGGGAGACAUUUUCAAGAUGACUCCCAACUUGCAGCAGCUGGACUGUCAGGACUCCCCAGCACUUGCUUCUGUCGCCACGCACAUCUUUCAAGACACUCCACAUCUACAGGUCCUUCUGUUCCAGAACUGCAACUUGAGUUCCUUCCCUGCUUGGACUCUGGAUUCCUCCCAGGUCCUAUCGAUCAACCUUUUUGGCAACCCCCUCACUUGUAGCUGUGACUUGUCUUGGCUCCUCAUGGAUGCAAAGAGAACUGUCCUAAGCAGGGCAGCAGACACUGUGUGCACGCCAGCUGCGGGAUCCAGUGGCACCUUCUCAGCCUCCCUGUCACUCUCCCAGCUGCCCGGAGUGUGCCAGUCGGACCAAAGCACUACUCUCCGAGCUUCACAACCACCCGGCUUCAACCACCCCACCUACGCACAGGGUCCCACCGUGGCGCCCAGCGCAGCCCCUGCCACCCGGCUUGCGGGAGGCCAGCAGAGUGUCUCCAAGGCCCCUAACGUGGGCUCCCGCACGAGAGCUGCAUGGCCGCACAGCAAUGCACAGGAGGGGACUGCCUCUUCCACGACCAACUCUGUAGCAGGUCACAGCAACUCCAGCGUUUUCCCCAGGGCUGCCAGCGCCACCGCAUCCCAGCACAGAGGAGAACAUGCCCCCGGGCUUGUCGUUGAGCCUAGUAUCUCAGCUGCCUCCACUCCACUGGCGAGCAAGCUCCUGGACCCCUUCCCUACCUCGUGGAACCGCAUAAGCUCGCCUCAGCCCGGCCAGAGGACACAGGCCACACCCCAAGCCCCCAACCCGAGUCCUUCUGAGGGCGGGAUUCCAGUCUUGCUGCUGGACGACUACAGUGAGGAGGAGGAGGGGAGGAAGGAGGAGGUGGGAAUGCCUCACCAGGACGUCCCCUGUGAUUACCAUCCCUGCAAGCACCUACAGACCCCGUGCGCUGAGCUGCAGAGGCAGUCGCGGUGCCGUUGCCCCGGCCUCAGCGGAGAAGACACCAUCCCAGACCCGCCCAGGCUGCAGGGGGUGACGGAGACUACGGACACGUCGGCUCUGGUCCACUGGUGUGCCCCCAACUCGGUAGUGCACGGGUACCAGAUCCGCUACUCUGCAGAGGGCUGGGCGGGGAACCAGUCAGUGGUGGGGGUCAUCUACGCCACGGCCCGGCAGCACCCUCUGUACGGGCUGUCGCCGGGCACCACCUACCGCGUGUGCGUGCUGGCGGCCAACAGGGCAGGCCUGAGCCAGCCGCGGUCCUCGGGCUGGAGGAGCCCGUGCGCCGCCUUCACCACCAAGCCCAGCUUCGCGCUCCUGCUCUCCGGGCUGUGCGCAGCCAGCGGCCUGCUGCUCGCCAGCACCUUGGUGCUGUCCGCGUGUCUCUGCAGGCGGAGCCAGACGCUACGCCUGCAGCGCUGCGACACGCACCUAGUGGCCUGCAAAAACCCGGCCUUUGAUUACCCGCUGGAGCUCCAGACCGUCAGUUAGCCCAGCUUCUGGGCAAACGCCUCUAACCGAACUGGAUCUGAGCGCAGAAAGGUACAGAAGGUCAAAAACGACCCCAUCUGCUCGUAGGGUUUCUAAUUCCCGUGAAGCCAGAAUGCCCUGGGCACACACGGAACUUGCCACACUGAGUGUCUCAGUCCAAGGAACAACUGCCCUCCCUUCCUUCUACUUUACUCUCUGUUCCCAGAAACCUGAUGGUCAAUGCCAGAUCGCUCCCCACUGCCGUCAGGCCUUCUUGUGUGUGGUUUCGUUUGGGGUUUUCAGCAGUCGGUGCCCUUCUAUACAGUAGAAUAGUGCACGGAAGUAGGAAGGGAUGAAACAGGGCAAUUGCAUAACCCAGCCUCUUGGAUCGUUAGAAAUCACAUCCUCAGGUCUUUCCAGUGGAAGCUCCUUCAUGGUCAAGCUCUAAGGCAUAAUGAGCUCUGUUAUUCAAGAAAUGAAUUCCAGUGGAUUUCCAGUUCCAAUUCCUGAGAACCCGGGUUAGGGGAGAGCUGAUUAAUGGUUGCUUCGUGAGGCCUUCUGGGUUUAUUAGUUCCAUUUCAGGACAUGACAAGAAAAUACACUUCCCGCUUUACAGUUCAAACCAGUUUUCUGGGAACAUUUGUCAAACACAGGGAAAAGCUGUCCUUUGAAGUUAGUGUUUACUGUAUUUCACCUAAGACUAAGUGGACAAAUGAAUCAUAAAUUCAUUUUUUAGGAAGCAUAAUAAACUUUGGAAAUCUUUUUUCUUAAUUAGAGGGGAGAAAUGAGCUAAAGAGAACCCAAGACUCUAGCUAGAAGCCCAAGUGUUUCUCUGCCCUAAUUGCAUCAAACGAUGCCUUAAAAUCUGUCUUCAUGUGGGAGGCAUCUACUCUGCCCUCUACUUUUUCACUUUUAUACAAACGCAGGGGAAACUCAGGGGAAAAAAUGAUUCUAUGAAAUUAUAAUUAGAGCCAUAUUUCUAGAUUUUAAUUUUCAACAUUAGCAUUUAUUAAUUUCCUGCAGCUGCCGUAACAAGUUGGUAAAACUGGCUUCAAAGAACAUAAAUUUAUUUUCCUACAGUCCAAGUCAGAAAUCCCAAAUCAAAGCAUCAGUGGAGUUGGUUCUUCUUGCAGGCUCCAAGGGAGUUGUUCCAUCUUCUCUCCCAGCUUUGGAUGGUUGGCAGCAAUCCUCAGUAUUCCUUAGCUUGCAGACAUCAUUCCAAUCUAUCCCUCUAUCAUCUCACGGCAUUCUCUGUCUCUCUGUUCACAUUUUCUUUUUUUUUAACAAAAAAACCUAGUUAUUUGGUUAAGGCCCAUUGUAAUCCAGUAUGACCUAAUUCUAACUUGAUUGCAUCUAAAAAGACCCUAUUUCCAAAUAAGGUCACAUGUACAGUACUGGGGGUUUGAAUGUGAACAUAUCUUCCUUGGAAGAUGCAAUUCAACCCACAAGAGCAUUUACUUCUACUGUAAGAAGAAAACAAAUCAAGUUUAAAUCCCAUGUAUCUUGUUUCCAAACCAUGCUGCAGAAACUAAAACUGAAUUGCACUAUAUAUUUCUAGGUGUUUGAAGUUUUGAAAGAGCUUCCCAAAAUUUUAAGGUAGAUCCCUAGUUUCAUCAUAAAUGUAACUAAGAGAAUUGGAUUAAAUGGUUUCAAAGAUCUCCACCAGCUCCUGGUUAAAAACUGCAAAGCUAUGAUGUGUGUGCUUGUAAAAAAAAAAAAAAAAAAAAAAA